ACGCUUUCGCGAAUUCGCACGCGGCACACUCGGCCUUGGGCUCUCCAUCUACGGAUCCGACAGACCAGGAUCGGUCCCUGAAGGAUGGGGAUUUUCCAACACGGUGAAGGGACAAUGGGGAUCUCGACCUGAGAGGGGGGUCCAGGUGAUCCUUUGACUCCUCUUUCCUUGAUUUCGGGGUAUCGUCUAUCCUCGGAUCACUCGUCGCCGCAACGGAAUCGGCACGACACGACCUGCGCUGCUGCAGAUUAUUAGCGACGACAGCACAGAGGGCAACAAGACGUUGCUAUCGACAGGACGCCGUAGCCCGACCAGCGACACGAUGAGCCGCGAGUAUUGGAAGAUUAAGUUCUCCUCCUGCGCUGCGUCUUGUUUCCGCACCGCGCUCACAUGGAUGUCGUGCGACGAAUCGGAUCUGUCAUGCUGGUGCGCAGAUGACAAUCGGGAAACGCUUCCCAAAGGGAUCGCCGACUGCUUCAACGAGGACGAGGGCUGUGAUGAGGACGACAUUUGGCGCUUGAUGAGCUCCUAUCGAGCAGCCUGUGACACUGCAGACGACAUCGCCGCCAGACAGCCCACGCCGGUCUCUUCAGUCGAUGAUCAUACCAAAAGAGACAGCCCUCGACCGACGGGCAGUUUAGAUCCAGGCGAGGGGGAUCUCAUCGCCGUACCACCGCCAACCCCUUCCAACAAUGAGAUUCCCCUGGCAGCGAAGAUUGGCAUGGCUGUCGGGUUUCCCUUGCUCGGCUUGCUUUGUGUCAUCCUCGCCUGUCUCUACAUCCGCGAGAGGAGACGAAGGAAAGGACUGGAAUGGACUUCGACAUCACCCGCAACACCGAUGCCAAGGAAGGAGAAGCACUCGUCGCUUGCCUCGAAGCGAACCACGGGGACGACGAUGAGUCUCACCGGCACCAGCCACUCCCAGAUUGGAGGACAUGAUAGUGUCAGGGGGACCCAGGGCAGUCACUCGGAUAUGAGGCGGUCGGACAGCGGCGCGUGGCGGCCGAGCAGGAAUGAGCAGGACGUUGUCAGCCCGAGCUCGGGGGAGAGCUCACAGGGGAGGAGGAGCUUGGGGCGCGUGAUGGAGGAGCCGCCCCGGCCGAGCUACUUCCUUGAGCUGCCGUCGUGACAGGCAAGACUGCACAGGAUCUUUUUUGUGUUUUUGCGAGGCGUUUUGGGUAGGUAAGCAUGGAACACGAAGCAAGAUCUUCAUCAUUGGCCAGUCUCUUCAUUUGUUGUUCUGACUAUGUUUGUUGAUCUGACGUGAACAUGAGCUUCACCCAUAUGGACGUGUUGUCAGCUGUCAGUACGUCAGAACUGAAAACAAACAUGGACUUGGUGUCUGUUUGAGUUUCACCGUCUGGCGCGGACCGCACGGGAAACGCAGAAACGUGGAACAAAGACCCGAAACU